AACAGUCAAACACACCCGAAAAGUACUGAGAGACGCGUUGAUCGACCACAGUGUGAACAUGACAAAGAACAACAACCAGAAAAAGAAAAUAUCCCUAGUUGUAAUGUUGGUGAUUCCACCGACGUCAAUAAGCAUGAUAACGAUGAUGAUGAUGAUGAUGAUGAUGACAGGGAAAUCGAGAAGUGUAUCGAAGAAUUAUUAUCAAGGCGACAAAAUCAAAGUUGUAUUAAUCUAGACAUAGAGUUAGGCCAAUGGCGCAAUCGUCUGCAUGCCUACAAUGAAGCUAAAGAUUCGUGUAUUAUACUUUUUGGUCUAUUGGCAAAUAAUCGCGGUUGCCUUGUUCGAGAAUUGUAUCAAGAAUUCGGCAUGGAUUUAGAUGACUAA